AUGGCGCACCCAAGGCUGGGGAGGGCUUUCGCGUUAGGAUGCAGCUCCCAGACUACACUAGGUCGAUAUAGAGCUUUCUCAAGCACUGCUAGUCGUCCCAAGGCCCUGGUUCCGAAAUUCACUCCUACCUCAUCCCCCGAACUUGACGGACUGCUCCAAAAAUUUCGAAAUAAGCUCUUUAUUCCGGCAUGGCUCCCCUAUCAUGACAAAAGGGCCAUGUAUAAACAGUCGAAAGCACAGGAACUGCUGAACAACCCCGUGGUUGUCAAUGUCGGCACCGAAGAUGAGGUGGAUAACUACACACUACGGCCCAUGCACAUUGCAGAUGCCCCCAGCAACAGCGAGCUAGCCAGAGUGGUGAGACUGCUAAAGACAGAAGAGGAUUGGCAAAACCUGAUUCCAUUCUUAACCGGCCUUCAUUCUUCGAAACGCAUUGUCACUCCGCAUACCACCGAGAUGCUCAUACGAAGGGCGGGCGAACUUGGGAUGGAAGCAAUAGUUUUGCAGGCCAUAGCGCAGUCACGUCGAACGGGGCUGUUCAUGCGCAAUGCAGAUUUCCCUCGUGCCAUGUUAUUUGCCAUACGGCAAAAAGCGGAAAAGGCCAACUUUAAGGGACCCGACGUGCAUCUAGCACUAGGACAAGCAAAGGAGUUGGUCCGGCUGCUCAAUUCACCAGAACACACAAAUCCAGUUGCGGAAAAAGACCCCAAGAGAUUACCAAGCAUUAUUGGUAUGCUACUUGAAUUAAAGGCGGCUUAUGCCAUGGACACGUUCGGAGGACGUGAUGAAGACCAGGGAGUUCGAUCAUAUGCGGAUAAACUUAUUAACACCUGGCCUCUCGAGAAAUUCACUGUGCCAUCUGAGUGGCCAACGGCUAAUUGGAGGCUACGUACGUACGUUCCUCUAUGGCACGGCAUGCACCUCGCCUUACAGGUGGAAGAAGUAAAGGCCCAACAAAAUCUUCGACAGGCUCUUGAACGUCAAAGGGAUGAACUGGCAAAGGUCAUUGAGAGUUGUGUGCAGACUGUAGACCAACAUCGCCAGGACGUUACAAACACUGUUACGUGGACGAGGUCACUACUGCGUACAUAG